GAGUCCCUCGAGCCUAGACCUUACUUUUCCCCACCCCACCAAAAUUUUCCCGCCAAAAAAAGACCUACACUUCCUCUCCUCUUCCCGCCACUUCAAAGCCCAUCCCAGACCCUGCGUUCACGACCAGCGGCUGCGAUUUCACGAGGAAACAGCUUCUUCGCUCAGUACUCAAACAUGACCAGAGAGGAAAUCGGAAACGGAAGCGAAGACAUGGUAAUUGAUGAGUGUGAACCUGAAGGCUGUGAACGGAACGCCUUUCCUGACGGAUUUAACGCCAACUAUCUCAAAGUCUAUUACGGAAAGCUUUUUCCACACGCAGAUAUAUUCAAAUGGAUGUCCUAUGGAAAUGAUGGGAAGCAUCCUGCCUGUGACCAAUCCUACUUCGGCCGGAGAGAGUUUUCGUUCACGCUGGAUAAUGAUAUUUAUCUGCGCUUCCAGUCUUUCAGCAGUGCAUCUGAGCUUGAAAAUUCCAUCAAAGAGAAGUGUCCGUUUAAAAUCGAUAUCGGGCCUGUGUACAGUGUGGAUCCUGCAAAGAGGCAUGCAUAUGCACAAUCUGGUGAUAAUGUUUUCACUCCAGUGGAGAGGGAGCUUGUUUUUGAUAUUGAUAUUACGGAUUAUGAUGAUGUUAGGUUCUGCUGCUCAGGAGCUGAUGUUUGCUUGGACUGUUGGCCUCUAAUGACAGUUGCUAUCAAAGUGAUUGAUACUUCCCUCAGAGAUGAUUUUGGUUUUAAUCAUAUUCUUUGGGUAUUUAGCGGUCGACGUGGUGUUCAUUGCUGGGUUUGUGAUGAGAAAGCAAGGAGGUUAACAAAUGAACAGAGGGCAUCUAUUGCUGAAUAUUUCCGUGUCUACAAGGGAAAUGAAAAUAGUCAUAAAAAGGUGUCUUUAACUGGUCCUGUUCUGCAUCCCUUCCUUGCGAGAUCAUAUACUGAAGUUCUCAAGGAUUUCUUUGAGUCGAAAUUGCUUUUAACUCAAAAACUAUUUUCAACUGAGGAGCAAUAUGAGAAGAUCUUAGAGAUGAUUCCUGAUGAAUCUAUUACUUCUGAGCUUCGGGGGAAGUGGCAGGAGAACAAGCGAUCCUCCAUUUCAAAAGGAGACACUAAUGUUGUCAGAUGGGAGCAACUAAAACAUAUAUUGCAAUCGGGAAAACACAAGGCACAAGGGCUGCGAAGGUGUGUUGAAGAGAUUGUAUUCUCUUUUACCUAUCCUAGGCUAGAUAUGGAGGUUUCAAAACACAUGAACCAUUUGCUAAAAGCACCAUUCUGUGUACACCCAAAAACAGGCCGUGUUUGUGUUCCUAUUGAUCCGAAUUGUUGUGAGGAAUUUGAUCCUACUGCAGUACCAACCCUUUCUAAGCUUUUAGAAGAAAUCAACAUGGGAGCUUUGAGAGAAGAAGUUGGUAAUGAAUGGGAUAGAACCUCACUUGGAAAAUCAAUCAGGUUUUUCAGAUCGUCAUUCUUACAACCUCUACUGAAGUCUUGCAAGGAGGAGAUAGAAAAUUCCUACAAUGCGAAACUGCAACACUCAAAGAAUUCCCUGACUUGGUAGUGCAACUCUAGUUAAUUCAUCAACAUGUAUCCAGCUUUCAGAGUCACCCUUAUUAUUAAUGUGAAGUUAUAUAUUUUAAGGAAUUGAUACAAUCAUUAUGGAAACUUAACAAACAAACAUUUGUAAAUCUCACCUUCUCUUGUCCAGAAAACUAAAUGAAUGUGUAUUGUUGCUGGCAAACUUCAUUUUGUUUAAUGGCAAAAGUUUGAAGGCA